AUGAAAGUGAAGUUAGACUAUGCCGGAGGAGAUUGGGUAGAAGAGUUACCAAGUAUCCUCUGGGCUUAUCGUACAACUCCUCGGAAAAGCACGGGACUCACUCCGUUUCAUCUGGUCUAUGAUAACGAGGCGGUGGUGCCCAUAGAGGUGGGGGUGUCUUCAGUUAGAAGGAUGUUGUACGAUGAAGGGAAUGUAGAGCAGCGACUAUCAAAACUAGAUUUUAUCAGCGAAAUUCGUGAUCGAACAACAGCUAGACUAUCGGCUUAUCGACAAAGGAUGAGACAAAAUUACGACAGGCGGGGGGAGAUCAGGAUCGACGAGCCAGGAGAGAGGAAGCACUUUGCAGUGCUGGAGCAGCAGCAAAAUGCACACGAAGGGCUGUGCAAGAAGUCGCCCGGGAAGCUGGACUAG